AUGGCCGACAAUCACAGAAGGGCGUACCCGCCGCCGCGAGAGGGCCCAGAGAGCUCGCAUUAUCCACCGCCCCCAGAGGAAGACGAAGAUAGGAGGAGGCUCCCGCCAGUUGGGGGGAGCGGCAUGAGCUUGCCGUCAAUCUCUUCCUAUCCACCACCACCAGCUUCGUACCCGCCGUCUGACCCACGCUAUCAGGAUCGAGGGUAUUCUGCAGACCCGCGAUAUCAAGAUUCAAGGAGUUGGCCCGCAGACUCUCAAACACCUAGUGGAUAUCCUCCGCCACCUCCGGACUCACGAUACCCGCCCUUGCCGUCGGUGAACCCGCCGCCACGGCGUUAUGAUGAUCGGCCGCCAUACGACGACAGGAGGCCGUAUGACGAUCACAGACCAUACAAUGACCCUUACUACGGGCCGCCUCCACACGCGUCCAGGCCCCCCAGUUACCCACCCCCUGGAUCUGAUCCAUACUACAGGUACCCGCCGGGAACUCCGUAUCCCUAUGGCGCUCCUCAACAGGCACCGCCUCAGCAGCAAGCUGCACCAAGGCAAAGGACAUCGAUUGCGUGCCGCUAUUGUCGAAAGAGAAAGAUUCGCUGCAGUGGUUACCAGAACACACAAAAUGGAAAGUGCACCAAUUGCGACAAGCUUCGAAUCGACUGCGUAUUCCAGCCGGUAUCUUCUAAUUCCUCAGCCGCCUUCGUUCCAGUUCAGGCGCUCCCCGGAGGAGUGCCUCCCGGAACACCCCUCUUUGGAGCGUGGGGACAGCCUCUCGGUUCAACGGGCUCACAGGGACCACCUCCGCAACGGCCUUACCCGCAACACCCCCCGUCUGACUACCCGCCACCUUUGAAUUCGCCCACAGCUGCGUAUCCUCCAUACGAUGACCGGGAAGGCAGCCGCCGACGAAGCCGCCCACCCGAAGACGAUCCGAGUUUGCGACCCGGCCCUCCCAACUACCCGCCUGACGACGAUCCGCGACGACGCUCUCCCGCUUCAAACCACAGCAACGGCACUCCCCCGACGGGCUAUCACCAGUAUCAACACGGCGUUUACGACCAGGACAGGACCCCAACUCCUCAAAAGCCGAGUCCCAGCGGUCCCAGUGCUCCUCCGAUGCACCCUCAGCAGCCGCCGCCUCUGGUGGCUCACUCGCCGCCUUCUGGUGCCUCCGCCAACCCAAUGAGUCUCGGACACCUUAUCAGCACGGAUGAGCGUGAACGAGGCGGUCCUAACGCCGGGAUCGAUCGCGACAUGCUCGGGAGACUGGGUCGGAGAUCCUAACAUAUAUAUGAUUUUUUCGCCACGACACAGCGAGGACCAGCAAUUUGCAUGUCUUAUAUAUACCCAGUAACCUUUCGCCAAAUGUCUAGCGUUGAAGUGGAAUAUGUGAUUUUCGGAACGGCAUAGCUCAUUUAUACCUGCCUUUUUCCAGCACCGGCGGGGAAUGGAACAAAGACUGGUUUUUCUUGGUUUUUUCCCCUUCUGUCUGUAUUUGAGGGUGGAAAGGGGGGAGGGGAGAUUUGGAUUUGCCUCACGGCAGUGAGUAUGCCUUUUUUUUUUCACAUUGUCCUUUCCGUAUGUACGGAAAUUUCUUGGUUUCGGCACAUGGAGGAGGGGUCGGGUGGGUGGUAUUCUGAAGUUUCUGUCUACCUUGCAGCAACCAAUCACGAAAUUGGCAAUUUUGCUUCAUAUGUUGCUUUUCUAUUUUCAAACAUUCCGGUGUCUCUGUCUGCAUAUUGUAUCUUUUCUAUCUAUUUAUCUCUCUGGUUUCGGCAGGUUGGGGGUGGUAUUCUGUGCUUCUUCAAGUAACUGGGAAGGUUUUUGUCUGCUGGUUUGCUUGUCAUCACUCUGGACAUUUUAGAUUGAUUUUGUGCUGGUUGGUUUGGGUGGUCUUGUGAGGUUUUUCUCGAAGUUAUCAAAUCAUGUUCAUGCAACGUCUUUUGCCAAAAGAGACACACACACACACACACACACACACACAAACAUUUCCAGUGGUGUUUUUGGCUUGAACAGAUCACAACUUGGUUUCGUUUAACCUAGCUCUCCCGACUCUUUAGCUAUAGUAUCUAUAUAAUUCAAGUUGUACACACACACACACACACACACACACACACACACACA